CGCUCAGGAGCUGCCGGAGUGUCGUGAAAGUGAGCGGCGCGUUGACGGCAGCGGUGUUGUAAAAGACUUGCAAGGACAGUGAGAGGAAGAGCAGCCAUGCCGCUAUUGGAUCUCCAAGACAAGCUGGGCAUUGAUGUCGACAAGUGGCUCACCAUCCAGAGUGCCAAGCAGCCAUACCAGCGAGCUUCUGUAUGCCAUGCCUUUGAGAAAGAGUGGCUGGAAUGCGCCGAUGGCAUUGGGCAGAUCCGAGCCCAGAAGGAGUGCAAGAUAGAGAUAGAUGAUCUCUAUGAAUGCCUCAACAAGCAGAAAAUGAUGCAACGCAUGAAGACAAUUUUAGAGCAGAGAAAGAAGCUGAUAAAGGCGGGGAAAUACACCCCACCUGACUACCACGCAGGGAAACUGGACACUGACCCUUGAACAUUUGCUGCAGACCCUCAAGACAGCAGAACAGAGAGUGCUUCGCUGCCUGUCAGCUUGGAGUUGGGGAUUUUUAUUCUACCAGUGCCGUCUGUGUGAGAGAGCCAAGAUGGGCUCUUGCAUCUGUCCUGUUGCUAUCCAACUCUGCUUCAGUGUAUGCCACUGCCUGUUGCUGGUUGGAAUAAAAAAAAUCUUU